GCUAGACCAAACUGUGUCUACGGUUGACAAGCAGGAAGAAGGCGAUUCCCUCUCAGCUAGCAAGUUGACUGCGAGACCUGAAGAGAGCUCUGUCCGUAGCUGCAGACGGUUCUGGAAAUGAAAGGUGUGUGUAAGCGCUCGCAGUAUCAGUGAUGGAUGAAGAACGCCAAAGACCAUCUGUGCCAUGGGAGAAUGGCACCCUGGCACCUGCACACCAUCUUUGCACCGAGAGGGCUGACAGUCCCACACCCGGCCUGGUGGAGGGUACAGAACCGGGUGCAGGUCAGAAAAACGCCAUGUUUGUCCAUGCGCAGUCCUUCGAGGAUCUGACUGCAGAGGCCGAAGAGGCCCGCAAGGAGGCUGAGGUGUUCGGAUCCCGAGAGUGCGCAGAGGAUGUCGGAGUGCUAGUGGAAGAGAAAAGAGUGGAGCAACUCAACAUUCCACCAGACUGCAGGAGCAAAGAGGAGGAUGUGUCUAGCGAGGCCUGGAGGAGCCACAAAAAGCACAUGUUUGUUCUGAGCGAGGCAGGAAAGCCCAUUUACACCCGCUAUGGCACGGAGGAGGCUCUGUCCAGCACCAUGGGGGUAAUGAUGGCCCUUGUAUCUUUUGUCGAGGCCGAGAACAACAUCAUCCGCUCCAUCCAUGCAGAUGGCUGUAAGGUGGUUUUCCUCACCAAGAGUCCGCUGGUCCUGGUGGGCGUUUCCCGUGCCUGUCGCUCAGACAAAGAGCUGCUGAGGGAGCUGCAGUACGUCUACUAUCAGAUUGUCAGCCUGCUCACCCUCACGCAGCUCAACCACAUCUUCCAACACAAGCAGAACUACGACUUGCGGCGCCUUCUGGCCGGCUCCGAGUAUCUCACCGACAACCUCCUGCAUCGGCUGGACCACGACCCGGGCCUGCUGCUCAGCGCCGUCACCUGCCUGCCUCUGGCCAGCUCGUCCAGGGGCGUCAUUUCGUCCAGCCUGCAGGCCGCCAAAUCCAAAAAUCUCGUCUUCUCCAUUCUGCUGGCUGGAGACCGCUUGGUGACUCUGGUUCGGAAGAAGGACCAGUUCCUUCACCACAUAGACUUGCACCUGGUCUUCAAUCUGGUGGGCUCGUCUUCAUCUUUCCGAGAAGGUGAAGGCUGGACGCCCAUCUGUCUGCCAAAGUUCAAUACCGCAGGAUUUUUCCAUGCUCACAUUUCCUAUUUGGAACCUGCGUCAGAGCUGUGCCUUAUCCUGGUCUCAACCGACCGAGAGGACUUUUUCAACAUGUCGGACUGCAAGCAAAAGUUUCUCGACAGGCUGAGUAAGCGCAGUGCUUAUCAAGCCCUGAAGGAGGCGCUGAAGUCUCGCAGCUAUUCAGUCGCACAAAUUGGCAUUCCAGAACUCAGGCACUUCAUGUACAAAUCAAAGAGCUCCGGGCUGUAUACCAGUCCAGAGUUUCCUUUGGUGUACCAGUCCGAUGAAGAGCAGGGGAGGCUAAUGGCUUUGUACCAGGACCUUCACAGCUAUGUGCACCAUCCGACCAGGCCCUUACGCUCCUUCUACCGCUGUGGGGAAACCGAAAACAUGAUGGCAUGGGUGACGAGCGGCUUUGAGCUUUACCUGUGCUUCAGUCCCCUGGGCACAAAGGCGUUGGCCAUUUCUGCUGUCAACAAACUACUGAAAUGGAUUAGGAAGGAGGAGGAUCGCCUCUUUAUCCUGAGUCAUCUAACUUAUUGACACUUCUCUGCCGAAAGCCUGAACGUGUUGACUCAGGAGUAUGCGUAAAUUACGUGUCAAAGCUAUGCACACCUCGUUUCCACUAAAUUAACGGUAUUGUCAAUUGUUAAAUUUAUCUUUGUGACUUUUUUGCCCAUGUGUUAUUUUUAUUCCUUUUAGUAUGGGUGAGAACUGUUCCUUAGGAAAGCAGCAUCCACACCCCAGCUUGCAUCACUUAGAAAAGUUUUUAAAUUGGAUGGACCGCUGCGGUUAAGCAACAGCCAUAACUGGAAUCCUUCUGCUGUGACGCCAUGAGUUAUUACAUACAUUCCUGUUUUUGUUUUUUUUCUGCACAUGAUGACCAUUAGUUGCAUCUUGCACCAAAUAACGCUCCAAAGAGAAAUGUCAUGGAUCACAGUUGUAAGUCUUCUGUCAUCUUAAUGUCAGCUUUGUGUGUUUUAAUUUAAAUACACCUGCACUUGGGGAUUGAUGAAGACGCUUUAAUCAGUUUCUAUUCCAACAAAUUCAUAUCUAGUGCAUAUAAAUUAAGGUAUUAAAAUAGGGGGUCUCUUUCUGUUUGUUUUAUUUUGCAAUAAAAUAUAACAC